GUGGAGAAGCGUCUGGAUCUGGUCAAGCAGGUGACACACAGCACUCACAAGAAGCUCACUGCCUGCCUGCAGGGUCAGCAGGGCACUGAUGUGGAGAAGAGGUCUGUCAAGUCACCGUCUAAAAAACUACCACUCACGAUCCUGGCACAGUGUUUGGUAGAAGGGGCUGCAGUGUUGGGAGAUGACUCUCUCCUGGGGAAGAUGCUGAAGAUGUGUGGGGAGACGGAGGAGAAGUUGGCCCAGGAGCUCAUCCAGUUUGAGUUCCAGAUAGAGAGAGACGUGGUGGAGCCUCUCUACGUGCUCGCCGAGGUGGACAUCCCCAACAUCCAGAAACAGAGGAAGCACUUAGCAAAACUCGUCUUGGACAUGGACUCCUCACGGACAAGAUUUCAGCAGUCGUCCAAGUCAUCCAGUCACCCGAGCACGCUGCAGCCAGGCGCCAAGUCCGAGUCCCUCAGAGAGGAGAUGGAAGAGGCAGCCAAUCGGAUGGAGAUUUGCAGGGAUCAACUGUCAGCAGAUAUGUACAAUUUUGUGGCCAAAGAAAUAGACUAUGCAAAUUAUUUUCAGACACUGAUAGAAACACAGGCAGAAUAUCACAGGAAGUCAUUAGAAAUUCUUCACAGCAUCCUGCCCCAGAUUAAAGCCCACCAAGGUGAGUCGUGUGUGUGUGAGAAU